CGUUUUGUAAACAAAUAUUAAUGUGACGCAAAUAAUUUUGUUAAUCCAGCAUACAAUAUAUAUUUUAUAUCAAAACAACUCCGAAUAAGUACUAUUACAUUAAACAAUAUGGAAGAUACAUUACCAGAUGACGCCUGGAAAGAUUCCUUCGACAAGCUGCUGGAUCCACGGCCGCAACUACGGGAGCUAAACAUAAUAAAGAAGAAUGUACGGGCAUCGUUUAAUAUUGAUUCUAGUGUGGAAAAUAGCAAUCCCGAUAUUUUGAUCGUCAACGAGUGUUCCUUGCCGAAUCCGAAUUUCUUGAAUGUUGGCGAUCCUUUUAAUAUAAAAAGGAAAAGUAGCAGCUCCAUAUCAACGCCUUGUCAAAAACGACUAAGCUCCAACCUAUUCUAUUGUGCACUCUCGCCAAUAACCAGCAUGAAAUUGGAUGGUUUGCAGACAAAUUUUGAUCAUAAAGUGUCUGAAAUUGGAAAAGAACAACCUCGAGCGAUAAAACACGUUUGUUUUGAAAUUAAUGCAUCAGAGCAUUGUGAGAAGUCUGACGAUUCUAAGGAUAAAUCUCGAAAUUCGAAGCAAAUACCCGAGGAUGCUCGCAAACGUAGCCGAUCUUCACUUGUCCUGCAACCUGGGAAAUGGCGCAAAUCUCUGCACACUUGGAAACGUACAUUUCAAACGGAUGCAGAAUCCGCUUUAAUUCCAAAAGUAUCUUCGCCAAGGAAAAGAACGACGACGGAGAAUUUGGCCAGUGCUCGCAUCUCUGGAAGAAAGUCAACUUACCUAAAUGAUAGUUCAGAAAGUAACAUACAAAUCAGCUAUGAGAAGGAGGUACUAAGAUACUGCGCUCAACGAAGACCUCUUCGAUUUGAUUCGGCUUAUGCGGCAGCCAAGAUGAUGAGCACCUGCAAGAUUGGAGAGGGAGUCUACGGAGAGGUAUUCAAGUAUAUUCCAAAGAAAAGCUCCGAGACCACUGUGGUCCUUAAGAUCAUACCGAUUGAGGGCUCUGAACUGGUCAAUGGUGAAGUGCAGAAGACAUUCGAACAAAUCUUACCAGAAAUUAUAAUAUCUCAAGAAAUGAGCAAUCUUCGAGUAAAUCCCACUAACUCAACAAUUGGGUUUGUAAAUAUCUAUAAUGUGGCCUUAGUCAAAGGAAAAUAUCCGCUGCAUCUAUUAAAACUUUGGGAAGAAUAUGACGAGAAGAAAGAGUCGGAAAAUGAUCAUCCCGAAAUGUUUACUGACCGUCAGCUAUACAUAGUUUUGGAGCUAAAUUUUGCAGGCAAUGAUAUGUCCACGUUCACAUUUUUAAACGCCGAACAAUCUUAUCAUGCACUGCAACAGGUCAUCCUAACACUGGCAGUUGGAGAAGAAGCAUUUCAAUUCGAGCAUCGAGAUUUGCAUUGGGGGAAUAUACUUGUCGAGGAAACAGAACUGAAACAUAUUGAUUAUAAGCUAAACGGCAAGGACAUGCCGGUGGCCACAAAAGGAGUUCGAGUAACCAUUAUUGACUACACGUUAUCAAGAGUUACUGUUGGCGAAUGUUGCCAUUACAAUGAUCUUUCCACUGACGAGGAGUUAUUUGCAGCUUUAGGAGAUUACCAAUAUGACAUUUACCGCAUGAUGCGGGAUGAACUUAAAAACAAUUGGUCAGCUUACGCGCCCAAGACUAAUGUAAUGUGGCUAUCGUAUGUUGUAUCCAAGCUAAUUGAUGGCGUUAUCUACAAAAACACAACUAAUCGCACACAUAAAACAUAUUUGGCAAAACUUAAGGCUUUUAACAAAAUAGUGUUGACAUUUAAAAGUGCCGUUGAGUGCGCCAACCAUAUCUACAGCUUAAAUUAGAGUUAUAUAUUUCUUAAUAACGAAUUGAAGUUACAUUAAAGUAUUAUAUUUUUUUUUAGUUCCU